UCCACAAGGUGGCGGUGAUUCGCUUGAUAGCUGUUUGCCAACCCCCAUAGAGGAAGAAAAUAAACGGAGAAGCUUUGAAUCAUGUCUAAGUUCAGCACAAUAAUUUGGCCUAAAGUCGUUUUAUUUGGUGACUCCAUCACACAGUUUUCCUUUCAACCCAAUGGAUGGGGAGCAGAAACUGCAAAUAAACUUGCAAGGAAAUGUGAUGUUGUGAACAGAGGAUUGUCCGGCUAUAACUCCAGAUGGGCAAAGAUCGUCCUUCCUCGCCUCAUCAGCAGCCAGAAUCCAGCAGAAAAUAACAUAGCAGCUGUUACCGUAUUCUUUGGAGCGAACGAUGCUUCGCUGGAAGAUAAGAACCUACAGCAGCACGUCCCCUUAAAGGAGUAUUCAGAGAACCUGACGGAGAUCAGCAGGUUUCUGACCUCAGCUGGUGUUCCAGCAGACAAAGUAAUCUUCAUCACUCCUCCUCCGAUUCAUGAGCCGGCCUGGGAGAAGGAGUGCCUCCUCAAAGGAUGUCCUCUCAAUCGGCACAACUCGGUGGCAGGACAGUACGCUCAGGCGUGUGUUCAGGCGGCCGGUCAGUGUGGGUCGGACGUCCUGGACCUCUGGACGCUCAUGCAGAAAGACGGACAAGACUUCACCGCCUACCUGUCUGACGGGCUGCACCUGUCAGAGAAGGGAAACCAGUUUGUGGCGCAGCAUCUCUGGAGCUUACUGGAGAGCCGUGUGGCCAGUCUGCCCUUCAUUCUGCCUUACUGGGGAGACGUGGAGACCAGUAGCCCAGAGAGCAGCCUCCUCUGGAACUCAUGAAGCAGAGAAAUCUGGAAAAGCUUAAAAACAAGCAGCGGACUUUAGAUUUAUCAAAGUAUUAGCUGAUUUUUUUGGAGUUGCAGCAAGUGGAGUCAAAACUCGACUGUGAAGUAUCAGCACCACUGUAGAUAGAAGAGGGGGGGAGGACUCGGAAAGUUUUAGAUUAAUCUCAGAAAUUUUAUAGAAAAAAACAAAAACAUUUUUGAGUUGCAAAUUUGUUUAGGAAAAAAAAAUCAGAAACUGAGAAUCGCAAAUUUUCUAGAAAAUAGCUUUAAAAUUUCAGAGUUUUUAAAAGUUUGAAAAUGUGGUAGAAAAUUUUUUUUUUAAACAUAUCAAGUUUUAUAGAAUUUUUUUAAAUUGAGUUGCAAAUUUACUAGAAAGUUCAGAAAUUGAGGAUCUCAAAUUUUCUACAAAAAAUAUAGAAAUUUUUGAGUUUGAACAUUUUGUAGAAAAAAACCUGGACAUGUAAGAUGCCAAUUUUUUUCUAUCAACUGUAUUUGACUUUUAAAUUACAAAUGUCCUUUUUUUGUUUUUCCUUAGAAAAUGUAAUACUUAAUUAAAUAUAAAUUAGUUUUUCUAAAAUAAAAUUACAAAACAAAAGUUCCUGAAAAUUCCUGGGAUUAAUCUAAAAAUGUCUGAAUUCUUCUGGUGAAAAAUUACUCUUAUCUACUGUUGUAAAAUUCAAUGUUUAACAUGUACAAUAAAGAGUUUUUUCUUACUAA